AUGGCACCGCUACCUAGUGCUGUUCUUCAAACAAUCUCGACAGGGGAAGCGUUGAGGCUUCCUCAUCAGGCCUACAGACCACUUAAUAAGGAGCGCAGAGAAUUUCGGAUCGUUGAACUCUACCCAAAGUCGUUCAGAGAAAGGACGGGACGGCAGUACGUUAGCUGCUACACUCAAAUUGUCGCGUUGGGAACUACUGCCUCGCAAAUCUCAGAGCCAUAUGUGGCGUUGUCGUACACUUGGGGUGACGCCGCGAAGAGAGUCGCUAUCUAUCUGGACAACAGCGUCGCCCAAGUCACGGAAAAUUUAUCGGUAGCUCUCCAACACUUCGAGCAGGAUGACUUGGCGCUCAGGAUCUGGAUCGAUUCCAUCUGCAUCAAUCAAAACGAUGAGGCAGAGAAGAACCAUCAGGUAGGCAUGAUGGCGGAAAUCUUUAUGCGAGCUUCCAUGGUUCUCGUCUGGCUUGGGCCGAACGGGGGCGGCGCCGAGGAAGGGGUCGAGACGCUGCGG